CGUCAUUAGUGCGCCUGCGUGGAUGUGCUGCGCAUGCGCAGUGCGAUUCGGGCAGGGGGAACGCGGAUCCGGGCUGUGAGUGAAUUUGUUGGAGUUCGCUGACAGGAAGGAAAAAAAGGAGGAGAGAGGCACUGCUGGGGAACCGAGCUCUGAGUUUAAGAUCCUGACUUGCACUGGACGAUCAUUUCUCACUGUACCUGAAGGUGCUUCAUCAUGGCUCUGUCGUUCAAGAAAGAUCUGGAGAAGUACAAGGAGAUCGACGAGGAUGAGAUCCUCAACAAGCUCUCGGAGGAGGAGCUGAAGCAGCUGGAGAGCGCUCUGGAGGAGAUGGACCCCGAGAAUGCUUUGCUCCCUGCUGGCCUGAGACAGAAGGACCAGACGGCGAAGGCGGCGACGGGGCCGUUCGACCGAGAGAAGCUGCUGCACUACCUGGAGAAAGAGGCGCUGGAGUAUAAAGACCGAGACGACUGCGUGCCCUUCACCGGGGAGAAGAAAGGGAAGGCGUGGGUGCCUAAACAGAAGCCACUGGAGGCCAGAAAGGAGGAUGUGACGACCCUUGACCCGGAACUGGAAGAGGCUUUGUCUGGGGUUACGGACACCGAGCUGUCUGACCUCGCAGCUAUCCUGGGAGUCCACACCCUGGUGACGAGCACGCAGAGCUACGACGGGACUUCCAGCAAAGACGGCUACAACAAUGUAAUUAAAGGAGAGAAAGUGAAACCUGUUUUUGAUGAACCUCCAAACCCGACUAACGUGGAGGAAACUCUGCAGAGGAUAAAGAGCAACGACCCCACGCUCACGGAGGUCAACCUCAACAACAUAAAGAACGUUCCCAUCCCCACACUGAGAGACUUCGCCAAAGCCAUGGAGAAAAACGCACACGUGAAGAAGUUCAGUCUCGCAGCGACACGCAGCAACGACCCCAUCGCCGUGGCGUUUGCAGACAUGCUGAGGGAGAAUAAGACGUUGAAGAGUUUGAACCUGGAGUCGAAUUUCAUCACCGGUUCUGGAGUUCAGGCGCUCGUGGAGGCUCUGAGAGACAACGACACGCUGUCUGAGAUCAAGAUCGAUAAUCAGAGGCAGCAGCUGGGCACUACAGUGGAGAUGGAGAUCGCUAAAAUGCUGGAGGCGAACACCAGUAUAGUGAAAUUCGGAUAUCACUUCACUCAGCAGGGACCUCGAGCUCGAGCAGCGGCCGCCAUCACCAAAAACAACGACCUGGUGCGACAGAGGCGUGUCGAGAGAGACGUGUAGUGUGCCCCGCCCCCUCCUCUCUCCAUCUCUGCAGACCCGUGUGCCGGUCGGUCUGUGUGUGUUGUGCUCAGCGUUGAUCCUGAACGAGGGACAGAACUGGAACUCCCCCCUCCCUCCCUCCCUCCCUCCCUCCCUCCGGUCGGCUCUGCUCAUCACAUCUCUCCUUUAUCUCCUUCUUUUUUUAUUGUUAAUAUGAAAUCCGAUUCUUUUGUAUUUUAUUUGUAAACACAUGAAACUGUUAGAAUCUGAUCCGAUCUGAUGCCUGAUACUGAUCCCAUUACGCACAUCCUCGCAGUCCCCGAGCCAGGUGAGUGUGUGAGUGUGUGAGUGUGUGAGUGUGUGAGUGUGUGAGUGUGUGAGUGUGUGAGAAAGACCCUGAAUUCUCAGCAGCACCUGAAGUGAGAUUUUAUGCAAAUGAGCUCUGAUCUCAUCCAAAUAAUUGGCGCCUGUGAAUUUGCAUGUCGUCCAAAUAUGGAAGAAAAUCCUGAACACAGCUUUAAGAUCUCAGAGAUAUAAUUACAUACAAGGGAAUGAACAGCUGGAGCGGCCACGCCCACAGGUGACAACACGGGGGUAUGUCACAGGUGUGUGUGUGUGUGUGUGUGUGUGUGUGUGUGUGUGUUUGAGACACAAAUAUACACCCGGUUCAAAUCAGUCAUAUCCUCAGUCCGAUCUGAAACUGAUAGACUCUCUGAUUUGAGUCUGUCUCUCUCUCUGUCUCUGUCUGUCUCUCUCGCACUCUUUCUCUCUCAGACUCGGAUCAAUGUGUCCAUUAGCAAGCUUAAAAAAGGACGUUCAUCUGUCUCGUGUGUGUGUGUGUGUGUGUGUGUGUGUGUGUGUGUGUGUGUGUGUGUGUGUGUUCUUAUCAGGGGGUUUGUCCUCUGGGAACAGAUUGCUUAACUUCCUGUAGGCAGAGACACACCCGUGAUGAAUGUGCAUUCAGCUGUGUGUGUGUGGGUGUGUGUGUGAGAGGGCGGGAUCAUGUUCGUCCAGCUGUUUUGGGUCUGCAUGAGCUGUAAUACAAACGUAUGUCACAUACACACACACACACACACACACACACACACUAAAGACCGUAGCUCAUGAAUAUUCAUGUUUAUUGCCUGUAUGUGUAUGUAAUCAACAGUGCAGCAUGUCAUGUAUAGAUCCAGAUGUAAUUGUAAUUAUAAAUGCAGUUAUAUAGUAUAUUGAGUGUGUGUGUGUGUGUGUGUGUGUGUGUGUGUGUGUGUGUGUGUGUGUGUGUGUG